CCCAAAUCCAUGUCCCAUCCGUCACCAAGAAUCAUAGCUCCAAGAAAACAGAUCCUCAUCUUCGGUACGCAUUCUCCAACGGGCUAGAACAAUGUCGUCAGCCCGGACGGCCGCACACCCCCCUGUCUGAGACGACGCUGUGGCAGGUGCAGUGAUGUCAAAUCUGACGACGAAAAUGUGGAAAGGUGGAAGCUUUGAUAGGUGCGAUUCACCCCCCCGCCUGCCUGCCUGAUCAGAUACCUAGAACAGGGAGGGAUGGGGGGUUGGUCCCUGAGCUUUCCCAUCCCGCACCUGCACAUCUGACGUCACACUCCAUCAGUUCAGAUCCCAGAGCUUCACCUUUCCUCACCACAAACAAACCUGACCAUCAGACAUCGAACAACCCAUAAGAAGGCCUCAGACCUCAACCUCCAUCAACUCCAACCUUUUGUUUCGCUUCCCCAUUACACCACACGGCAAACAAAUCACACACAAGAACCUCGCAUGCCAGCAUUCAACAAACCACACAACACCACACAAAUAAAAGACGUCCCCCUCCUAAACAAAAUCCUCCCCACCUCCCAACAACACAAACCCAUCAUGCCCGUCGGAAACAGCGACCAGAACGCAGGCGUCACGGGCGGCGCCAAAUUCGUCACCUCGGCGCUCGGCAAUACCGUCGGCGGCGUGACACGCACCGUCGGCAACGUCACCGGCGCCGCGACCCAGGGCGUUGGCGACACCAUCUCCAGCGCGACGGGGUCUGCUGGCCGUCCUGUGGGUGAUGGGAUUGCCAACCUUGGACAGGGUCUGUCGGGUGCGUUGAAUUCGGUUGGGAAGGGCGCUGAGGAUGCUGGGCAGUGGAAGAGAUCGUAAGAAGCACGCACCACCUUACGGAUGGAAUUCAGAAAAGGAAAGGGAGAAUGAUUAAGGAUGAUAACUUGGGAGGUUCUUUUGCUUGUGUUAUUAGGAGCGUUCGCGUCAUGGAAUCAACAUGAUGGAUAUGAAAUACAAUGAUAUCCCCUGAA